AUUGCCGAUGCCGACUUCUGUUGCGAGUUUCGCGAGGAUUUCCAUCUUGUCCCUCUCUCACUCCACUGUUCGUCGGCAAAGAGGCUAUUGAUUUUGGAAUCCUCAACUCCGUUUUCUUUCGCAGUCUCUUCGGUCCCACUUUCCACGAAAUUGAACCCCGCGCCUUUCCGAUAUCAAUAAAUUUUAAUGUCUGCUUUUGGCGAGGCGAUCCCGAAUGCUGGUGAUGGAGAUCGGCAUGGUUGCCGAGGAGGUGAUGGCAUUAACGACGACGACGACGACGACGACGACGACGACGACGACGACGAUGCUGGGAAACCGGCCACGGAUGAAGAUGGAAAGAAGGGGCACACAAAAUAUGGAUUUGGAAAAGAUAUUGGAAAGGCGAAGCAGGUGGUCCUGCAUCAAUUCUCGAAAGCCAAGAAACAACUCCACAAUAGAAGGCACAAAAGAGCUCUUCGCAUAUCUUCUGGGUCUGGAGCUUCUAUUGUAAGCAGAGCUUCAAGCAAGACGAUUCGUGGUGGUUCUGGUGCGGGAUGCUACUUCUGUUUUUCGCGCCCUCAAGUUGUGGAAUCACCUACUGGGUCUCCGUCAAGCGACCCUAAUGCUCCAAGUUUCACUUACGUAAUGUUGAAAACUUUAAUAGAGAAGAAUGAUUUCUAUUCCAGAGAAUGCAAUCCCCAUGUUGAUUAAUUUUGCUAGUCUUCACAUGAUACAGUUAAUGAGUUCAAGAUUCUUCGCGUUCAGUUCUUCUCUCAAUGCGCUGUUGAUUUCUUUGUUGUUUGGAUGGGAUUUUUCUGAAAUCUUAGUUUAUUGUUCCUUCCCUUGGAGUGGGUACGCAAAUGGAUGAAGUUUGGCUUUGGGGCAGUGAUGGAUAUUCGAUAACUUGAAUAAGUGCAUCGUAGAGUUGAGAUACCUCGCAUUUUAAAAGGCUGAUUCCAUUGCUACCAUAGUUUGUGUUCACUCAGUACUAUGGUCAGACAAGUUGUAGACGAAGCACUUUCAAUCCAAUAAUUACUUGAUCAAGAUUUGGAACAUGUUUUAGUUACCUUUUGGUGAUUAUGCAUCUCGAGUCGUGAUCCUUUUGGCAGCUCUGCAAAAUAGGUAUGGUCUGGAAAGGACCUCAUGUUACCUGGAUGCUCAAUCCCUUGCAGGUUAAUAUGCAGAGAGAAACAAACCGGUUUGAUAGAUGGCUGAAGGUUGUUUGAUCAACUGUUGGGAUAAAAGAAGUUGAUGAAAAAUAGACUCAUGGCAAUUCUGGGACCUCUACUUUUCUUCAAGCAGAGAAGCGGUGAAUGUAGUAAUACUGAAACUUUUGAAACCUUGUUAUUUGGCUCUCAUUUUUAUUUUAGGAUUUUUUAUUUUUUUUAUGUAUAUGCAUUUUUUUUCAUUCAUCCUGUGAAAGGUUUUAAUGGUAAUACCAAUAGCCAUUGUCAA